GCUAACAUUUAUCAUCCCUCUUCGCGCACCGGUGCGGCGCGGAGUCAACAUAGUCUUCUUCGGAACGUCAAGAAGUCAAGUCGCAGAUUGGAAAAACUGAAUUGCUGCGUCACAGCACUCACACGACACGAGGCUCGCGUCCCUAUAUGCCGUACUCGCCCAAGCUUCUCGCGUCUACGCGAGACGUCCUGAAGCGAACUGUUGGUGCGUUCCCAAGUCCGCACAAUAUCCGCGAGCGCAUAGACUUACAAGAACACAUAAUGCGCUGGUUUCGGUAGAGGAAUGAGGUAUAGGGACUGCCUUUUCGUCUUUGCGCAGACUUGUAAGAGUCUUUCUCUUUGCCCUGUCCUGUCCUUUCGUCUUUCAUCUUUCGUCCUGUCUUGACUUGAAAUCGUUCGACGUCCACACUCUUUACUUGUACUUCCCUUGUUUCAUCCUCGGGAUUUCCUAUCUACCAUCCAUCCUUCCUCGAUCUCGAAUUGCGCGAACUUGUAGAUCAGAAUGCCUCCCGCCCGCGGCCGCUUAUAUGGAAGAGACGAUGUGGAUCCGUCUUCUGUCGGCCCAGGUCAGAGGGUCAGCAUAGACGGCGGUAUCGACUCUAGCAAAAACAUUAUCGCAAUGAUUAAGAUAAACAAUAGUCCUCUUCAUCGUUGUUGUAGUCUCGUACCAGUACUUCUCUAUCACCAUUACGCGACGUGAGGAAGCACGACGAAGAACUGGUUCCAGACAUGGUCAUAGACGAACGAGGAGUGCACCACGCGUACCCUUCACUACUCGACUCCGAGCACUUAUCCGACGGUGGAUGACGUUCCUCAAGCUCGUCGUCUCGCCAGCAGCCAAGCCUGCGCCGUCCACCUCAAGCACAAGUUCUACAGAAGCCCUAUUGAAGAAGAUCACUCCACGCCGAACACCAAAACGACGAACACUCUUCAACUUACCAUGUUUCGUUCGACAAAAGGAACAACCUAGGUCCAAGAGAGAGUCUCGUCGCGCUCUACGUCCACUCCUCUUGAACAACGAAGCCAUGUACACAUAUACGCCAAGAAGUCCCAUCGACGACAAAACUCAAGAACUCCUCCGUUCACCAGACGCGUUCGCCGAGUUUUCCGACCCUGUACGUAACAUGAACUUCGUGCGCAUGCAGGACGAAGUCCAGCUUCGAAAGGAGCGAGAUGAGAUCUGGUACGAGGAGCCCUUAAAUUCGCCCGAGAUACCUAGCGUUGCCUGCGUCGCCCCGCUCGCUCUUCGCAAAAAGUGCAGUUUGCUGAGGGAAGGCGACAAAACAGAUGACGAGCAAGCUCCCAUCGAACGCUCUCCAGGUCGCGUUAUAUAUCCACCUCCUCCAAUUGUCGUACCCGCCACGCCGCCGUCAACCGUUGACGUCGACGAAAAGCAGAACGUGAUAUAUUAUCCGUCCUAUGAUACAACACGUCCAUUAUCGAUCAUUGAGGAGGAAGAUCCAGAUUCCCCUGCGCCUCGCAGUUUCUUCGAGAUUUGCGGAGACGAGGACGACGAUGAACUCCGUCGCAGGAAGAUUCGUUUAAGAUUCCCUCUGCCUUCGCCGAUAAAAGCGUCCUUACAAAACGACAUCGACGUCUUUUCAAUAGGAAGCUUCAGUGUAUCGGACGAGUCUAGCGACGGCUCUGGACAUUGAUUAUUUCUCCCAGGUACGUUCACUUUCUGUAUAUUUUCAGCGAAUUUCCACAUGAACUGACAACCUACACUCGUUCAUUCUUAUCUUUAUUACAUUUCGUCGAUUCGCUCUUUUCCCUCGCCACUCGUUUCAAUCGGAACUAGUACUGUCAUUUAUCGGCUUGUAUGUGUGUUUCGGGUAAAUAAGUUAACCCUAUGUACUUUUAUUUUCUGGAUUUCGGCGGAGCAGAGAUACUUUGAUUACUUAGAAACGAUGGACUUGAGUAGACAGGAGUUCUGUACUGCUGUCGAGAGUGACGUGGAUUACUAUUCCUGAGUGACGUGAGAAGCCAGCUAGGUUUGAAGUUAGCCAAGCAGUUUAAUAUCAGAGAGUUAGGUCUCUUCAAGGAAUAAGAUAGUACAAAGAGUCCUCCGAGAAGCCAAAAGACAAAACUGUUUCAAGAUUAAAAUAUUGCUUAAUCUUGCACGGAUAGAUGGGCGGUGGAUGGAUU